GUCACCGCCAUCAGUACUGUAUCUCUCACGUUUCGUAGCGUUCCGUCACAUUAUACUUGUCGCAUUCUUUUUAUCUCAAGUACUCGAGGAUUGUUAAAAAAAAAAGGCGCGAUAACUGUUAAUAAAUAACUGAACAGUCUGCCAGUGUGGUAUAAAGGGGACAAUCAAGUUGAUGCGCUACCACGACAUAAUCGGAGAAGCUUUAUCAAACUUCGUCUUCGAGCUCUGACCGCGACUUUUGCUUCUUGUUUCUCUUCCUCUUCGGCACGUACGUCGUCUUCGAGUAAACAUCAGCAAGCGACACAUCAACGACCAGGAAAAAUGGGAUUCUCUUAGCAUCGAUUUAAGUCGUUCCCGCGAAUCUAUCUCGUUUGUCGGUCUAAUCGAACAUAAUAGCGAGCGCAGUCUCUUCGGAUUCUCAUUCUCAAACGUCUUAUCGAAGUUUCGUCAAAAUAACACGCGCGAAGACUGUUCUCGGGAGCACUACGGAGUGUUAUGAUUUGUUUACCGCUGUUGUCCAGCCCAGUUAUGUUUUCGAUCAAGUACAGCAAGCAAUUCCUGAGCUACCGUAUACUCAAGUCCAACAGAUUCAAAUACAUCUGACGAUACGGACUCGGACUACUUCAUAGAGGGUGCGCGCUAGGUGGUGUGUGUGUGUAUUGUACCGCAAGCGUUUACGUACCUACGGUGCUCAGGAAGGCGCAGAGGGUGUCCCAGCAAGACCUGGAAAGUCUUGUAUUGAAGUUCAAUGGCCGAAUCUACGGUGAUGCAAGCUUGAGGAAACACGUCGACAAUAACGACGACGAUAACGAGGCGUUAGAUCCGGCGCCGUCGAAAAUCGCUAGUGAGGCGAAUUUUUCGAGGGCGGGAAACGAUAACACGAGUUUGGAGAAAACAUUUGUAGAAAAAAAAAAAAAAAAAAAAGUUGAAUUGACGAGUAACGUCGUACGAGUUUAAUCAUCAAGAUAUUUUGAUUAGAGCAAGAAAUUAGAGUAUUAAAACUUAAAUUUGCAACAAAAUCGAUACAUAACAGACAAAGUCCAGUUAUUUUGUCUCAGUGAACGUCCUCAAUUAGAAUCCACGAGAAUAUUUAGAUCCCUGAUUAAGAGAAAAAAAAUUGGCUGAACAUAUCGAAAAAAGAGCCGUAGCAAUUAAUAAUUCUGUUAAGGCAAUUCUCAGAUACAGGAAAAGAGAAGCAUUUAAUAUGAUGAGCUUGUAUAUCAGCUGUUGAAAGAUCAUUACAGCGAACCGAGCGGCAGAAUCAGAGUGUGAAACGCGGAAAAAGAAAAUUAUUAUUCGGAAAUUCUUUUGGGAAGCGUCUUCUAAGUUUUUUGCGGCGGUUGUACAUACACACGUGUACGCACGUACGCAUUCACGCUAAUAAUCAGGCUUGCAUAAAACGCAAAUUAAACAGAAUCCACUAAUUAAAGCGACGAUCGAGCGAAAUCUGCACGUCUUUGGCGAAUCGGUAGAAUAAAAUCGCACAGCGGCAAAGUAAUAAAACAAAAACAAAAAAAAAAAAAUCAACAAAAAUGAUCGUUUACGUUCCGGGCAGGAUGCCAACUCACGUUGGGCCCUACGGCGCUGCUCGUUACUCGGGCACCCUGCUAGGAGCUGUCCCGGGUUUUUACAGCCCGAGCUACUACGGGAGGCUCAGCGUCCAGCACCAAUCGCCGCUGGAUCUUCCGGUUUGGCCGCGAAGAAUGCCGGCCGAGGAGGAACUAGGAACCUCACCGGCCGCUAGCUUGACCGGAUUGGGAGUGUCACCGGGCCCUCUUGGUAACGGCGGUCCUCCGAGUCCGGCGCACAGCGACUCGGACGCGUCCAGCUCGAGUUUAGAAUUAGGCACCAUUAGAGCCGGCGAGAACGCCAAAUUAAAGUGCAGAUGGCAGAAUUGCGGCCGAUGGUUCACAUCUCUGGAACAGCUUGCGACACACGUUUCCGGAAAGCACGCAUCACCUGGUCCGCGGGGUUUGUUUUACUGCGGAUGGGAGGGAUGCGCGAGAGGAGAACGAGGGUUUAACGCGAGGUAUAAGAUGCUGGUCCACGUACGUACACACACGAACGAGAAACCGCAUCAUUGUUUUCAAUGCGACAAGAGCUUCAGUCGAGCGGAGAACCUGAAGAUUCAUGCGCGUUCUCAUACCGGUGAACGUCCUUACGUUUGUCCCGUCGAGGGUUGCAACAAGGCCUACUCCAACUCCUCGGACAGGUUCAAGCACACCAGAACCCACGCCGUGGACAAGCCGUACUGUUGUAAAGUGCCGGGCUGUCCGAAAAGGUAUACAGAUCCGUCAUCUUUGAGGAAACACGUAAAGACUUAUCGCCAUUAUGUGAAUAACAACGAUAAAGUCCAAGAGAAGAGCUUCGACGAUAACAACGUUCAGGAAAAGACAAGGUUCGAUGUUUCGCCCGACAAGCAGAGCAGCAGCGCGCAUUCCGAGUCAGACAAGAAGGAUUCGAGCAUUGAGAGCAGUAUGUCGGGUUCUAGUCCGAAGGCUAGCAAUAGUUUCGAAGAGCAGAGAAACUUUGUCGAAUGGAACAACAUGUACAAUCUGCAGAACGAACGGAAGGAGCAGGAGCAAGUCACUCCACCGAAACCGUACGAGCAGGAAGUGAAGAUUUAUCCGAGAAUGUAUGACGAUAGUUACAUUAUACCGGACAGAAUCCAAAUGAAUCCUAUGUAUGCUUCCGGUAGUACCAUUAUCAAAGAUUGUUCCGCGAUUUCUUCGCCUCACGCAAGUCCGGGUCGGUCGUCCGACUCGAUGCCGCACAUCGGUAUGCAAUCGACGCCCAUUAAAACCGAAGAACCCAUGGAGUGCAGCGUCAGUAAAACCACCACGGUUGACUACCGGAACAUUGAGUCGAUUGUUAACAGCACACCCUGCAAGAAAGAGAACACGAUAAACUGCGAUCCGGUGAGGCAGUCGGUGAUCAAACGGCCGGAAGAUCUGAAGAUGGAAGUGCAGCAAACAUUGGAACAGCUCCAAGAGGAAUUCAAGGGAUCCAGUGGCGACUGCUGUUGCCGACACAAGUGCUGCGUGCACAGUAACGACAGCAUUCUGCAGAAGUCGAAGAUCUUCUCGGACUUUAUCUUGAAAACGCGAAACCCGUUCUUCCGAAACUUGUUACGUUCGGGAAAUCUGGAGAAUAUGUGGAGCAACAUCGCGGACACCGUUACCACGUGUGGUCAAGAUCUUAGGGUGAAGAACGAAAACGUCGCAGAGGUGGAGCAAGAUCUGCCGUUGGAUUUAACGGUUAACAAAUAACAAAAUUGGUUAGGAUCGUACCAAAAAGAAAAUUUAUAGUCUUGUCAAUAUAAUUUUCGUAAAAAUACUGUCGCAAAUUUUAAACAAUGGAAUGAAUGUAAUGAUGAAAACGAACGAAAGCUAUUUUCGUCAGACUGCAAAACCAAAUAUAUGUUAUACUGACUGUGAAUUAUAUAACUUGGUCGAAAAAAAACAUAUAUUUUUAUCAAAUAUAUUUUAAUUAUAUAUACAUGCACGUACAUGUUAUGUGUACACUUGUAUAUGACACGUAUAUAUAAUUAUAAUAUAUUACAUAGUAUACAUAUAUAUAGGUAAUAUACAUUUUUUUUUAAUUUUCUGACCGAAAUAUGAAAGCAGUCGAAGAGAUCGAUUAUAAAUUUGCUCAAUUCGUUUAUUAAAUAAAUAAAUGUUAAAAUAAAUAUUAUGUUUUAAAACUGACUGCACUAUAAAUCAAACUAUUAAUCGGAAAUAAUCAAAUUAAAUUUUAUAAGAAUAAUAUUUAAUUAACAUUUUUUAUUUAAUUUUAAUGAUGUAACAUUGAUAUUCUAAACAAUCUAUUUUUUCGAAUUGACAAAAUAAUAAUAAAGAUUACACCAUAAAACAGUCGUUGUAAAUAAAUUCGAAAGAUAUAAAAAAAAUACGAAGUAAUUGACUCUUGAACGAUAAUUUAUAUGUUAAGUUUGUGAGCAUCGAGUUAUGUUCUGUCUAUAACGUAACGCUUAACAAAUAUAUUUUUACCAUUUUAAUUAAUGCAAACAAACCAUAUGUAACAUAUAUGUGUAAAUAGAAUUUUA